AUGGCUUCUACCUACUCCCGGUCACUCUUUCGAGCGUUCGCUCCCGCCUUGCGAGCCCAGCGUGCCCACGGUUCAAGACCGAGAUGCGCUCCAUUCGCAAAUUCAUUCCGUGGCUAUGCAGCGGCCGCAGGAGAGCAACCUCGCCUGCGCCUGGGUGUCACUGCGCCUAAUUUCCAGGCAAAGACCACGCAGGGCGAGAUUGACUUUCACAAAUAUAUUGACGGGUCAUGGGCCAUACUCUUCAGCCAUCCGGCGGACUUCACACCCGUAUGCACGACCGAACUGGGCGCAUUCGCGAAAAUGCGCAACGAGUUUGAGAAGAGAGGGGUCAAGAUGAUAGGCUUGAGCGCAAAUGAUCUCAACAGUCAUGAUGCCUGGAUCAAGGACAUCAAUGACAUCUCCAACACGAACCUGCAAUUUCCCAUUAUUGCCGAUGCCGACAGGAAGGUGGCCUUUUUGUAUGACAUGGUCGACCAGCAAGACCUGACCAACAUCGAUGAAAAGGGCAUUGCCUUCACCAUCCGGAGCGUCUUUAUCAUCGACCCACAGAAGAAGAUCCGCCUGGUCAUGCUGUACCCUGCUUCAGUGGGCAGAAACUCAGCCGAAGUGCUCCGCGUCAUUGAUAGCCUGCAGACUGGGGACAAGAAAGGCGUGGCCACCCCGAUUGACUGGCAAGUCGGUCAAGACGUUAUUGUGCCGCCCACCGUGUCGACGGAGGAUGCCAAAAAGAAGUUUGCCGAUGUGAGAGAGGUUCGGCCAUACCUCAGAUUCACGAGUGGACAGACAAAAUAG